GGAGGGAGCGGAAGUGACGCGAUCGAAGCGGAGGGCGGGAACAGCCAGUCAGGCGGGCAGGCAGGCAGCCAGGCGUCGCCAUCGUCCCUCGCUCUGUCAGCCGAAGCGGAGGCAAACUCGGAGCCGGCGGGGAGUGAGUGUCUGCCCAGAGCGCGAGUGAGAGAGGGGGGAAGAAGAAGAAGAAAAAAAACAGCAACCGCUGUGAGAAGGUAGAAAGAACAUGGCAGAGCAAGAGCCAACCGCAGAGCAGCUGGCUGCUAUUGCAGCUGAGAAUCAGGCGGAGGAUCAGAGUUCAGUGAACUACAAGCCACCACCGCAGGUAUCCAUUCAGAAACUCCAGGAUCUGGACAAGGAAGAUGAGAGUCUUCAAAAGUACAAACAGACGCUGCUGGGAGAGAUCCCUGCUUCGGUUGACCCCGAUGCUCCAAACGUGCAGGUAACCAGACUAACACUGAUGUGUGAAGCUGCACCUCAACCCUUUAUCCUGGAUUUAUCAGGUGAAUUGGAUUCCUUCAAGAAAAAUCCUUUCGUCCUGAAAGAGGAUGUUGAGUACAGGAUUAAAAUCAACUUCAAGGUUAACAAGGACAUUGUUUCCGGGCUGAAAUAUUGUCAGGCAACAUACAGAAAAGGAAUAUUGAUUGAUAAGACCGACUACAUGGUGGGCAGCUACGGCCCUCAGAAAGACGAGCACGAGUUUAUCACACCGCUGGAGGAAACGCCCAAGGGCAUCAUCGCGAGGGGCGGUUAUACCAUCAAAUCCAAAUUCAUGGACGAUGACAAGAACAACCACCUCUCCUGGGAAUGGUGCCUCAGCAUCAAGAAGGAUUGGAAAGAUUAAUAAUCUCUGCCAACGAAGCCCGCAGUCCAAACCCAUACAAAAAAAGCUUCCUCCUGUACCAAAGUUAUCUUUUUUUUUAAAAAAAAGAACGAAACCGUUUAAUAGAUUUAUACUGCACAGUGAGAUCAUCAGCAAAACUAAAAAUAAAUGAUUGAACCUUUUUUUUUCGUGAAAAACACAGGUCGAAGGCUUGGCUACAUUGCUUCAUUCACCAAAUUGCCCCCCUCUUGUUCUAAAAUCUUUCGUUUUUUUUUCCUGCCAACAACUGCCUUUUUUGAACCUGCAGCUUUUUUUUUACAAUAGGUAUAGGUAUAUUAAAAAAAAGAUCAACCCGGUUUAACUUGCCACCUUGAUGUUGCAGAUCAGGGAUUUUGACACCUGAAGCUCCACUUUAUAAGCAGAGCACUAAGCUUGGGGAAUAUUAAAGCCAGGCUAAAGAAAUGAAAUACAAAUUUAUCGAGGCAGUUUGCUUUUUGUCAUGUAAAUGAAUCCUGUACUUUUUAUUCCCGUGUGGUAACCAUGUUGCCUUAUGUGCGCUAAAUUGUUUUGGAAUAUACUGUUGCAAAAAUCGAAUCAUGUGGACUUUCUUCCAGUUGAGUAUUUUAUACCAGUUGCAUGGAUGCAGUGCCCAUUUGUCUUCACAAGGUAUGUAUGGGUGUGUUGGCAGCACUAUAACAUUGCUGAGGUGGCUGAGGUGAAAUAGCAUUUCAUCUGAGGUACAGAGUUCAGGCCUUGGUUUGAUGCAGUCUUUUGUGUUGAAUGUCAUAGCUCGCCGUGACGAGGCAACUGCAGAUUGCCGUGUGCAAAGGAGCAUUUGUUAUAAAUAUUUUUUUUAUUGCCUUAGAAAUCAUGGAAAGAGAUGGUGGGAGAUGCUUUUGCCUCCAAUCGUAUCUUGUGCCUCAUGUGGAUGUGUGUCAAUGAUAUCACUGGAAUAUGUGCUCUCCAUUGUCUGGCUAUUUUGAAUGGUUCUUUUUUUAAAAAAGAGAUUGGAAACAUAGCGUUCUAAGCAGCCCGUAGAUCAUAUUGGAAAGAUUGUAGCUAUCCAAGUUUAGAACUGGGACCAAUUGUGAUUUUACCUGUGUUUUUUGUCUCGCCCAACCCACCUUCCUUCCCCCUUUUACAAUAAUGGAUUUCUUACGUCCUCCUGUGACUCCUGUGUGGCCUGGCUAUUAGCAGGUUGAGGAACAAUACCAUCCUUUUCACAGCAAAUAAAAUAAAUAAUCAAGUGAAAGUAA